AUGGUGCCUGGGAGCAGGGGUCACAGUGCCUGGGGGCCUCGGACGACCUGCAGACUCGACCCACCGCAGGGGAGGGGGGGCCUUAGGGGCCACGGGGAGGAGGAUUACGGGGUCCAUGCCUGCCCAUUAAUGAAAGGCCUUCCACCGGGGGAAGUUGAAACUGGUGACCCAGGCAGGUGAGGCCUUCCGGACCCCCAGGCUCCCUCUGGGAGCUUGUCAGCUCUUUGUUGCCAUUAGAGAGGCUUUUGAUGGGGGAGGCGAGGAGGGAUGAGCGGAGCAGGGCUGGUGGUGAUCUUUGUUGCCAUUAGGGCGGCCUUUGAUGGGGGAGGUGAGGAGAAGUGGUCUUUGUUACUCUGCGGGGGCAGUGGGAGGGAAUGGGUUCCUAGCUGGUGCACUUGAGAAUCAACAUGGGGGCAACCGGUUCAUGUCUCUCCUAGCUUCUUUCUCACUCCCUGUAUCUUGCCAUUUCACUUUUCUUAUUACUCUUUUUUCUGUCCAUUUCUUUCUGGGCCUCUCUCUCUCUUUUGCUGUUGCUUACUUUUGCUUCCUGGGCCUUUCUGCUUCCUGGGCCUUUCUGCUUCCUGGGCUCGAUACAAAUGGGCCAGGCUAACUCGGAUGAAUUUACGGGGAAGGGGACAAGCCUAUUUUGGUUGCAGUAUUUUUUUUUUCACCUGCUAAAUCCAGUCAUUUUAACCAACUGUAAUACGUUCAGAGAUGACUUGACUCCUUCACACAAACCCUUAUAAAGUCCAGAAAGAUGUGCAACUCGGCCAUGGAGAAGCAAAAGGAAUCCUCCAACCCUAUCUGGAGAUCUGCUCUCUGGUUGAGGAAGACCCCGGCAAGUGGAGCUUGUAAUCUGAGUUUGGACUUGUCUGCCACGCCAGUUUGCUGCUCUUGGUAAGCGUAGUCUGCAGAGAGGUAUGCAAAACAGCCGCAGAGUCCCACACCGCAAGUAUGAAAAACAGCCUGGCUUUUCCUCUCCACAAUGAGCCAUUCUCCCAACUGGCUCUCUUCUACGUGCCCUACAAACCCCAGGCGGGCUCGCUGGGAGGGGAGAGAGAGAGAGACGGACACACAUUGUAUUCUUACCCUUAGCAGACUCCAUGUUCAGACUCUGUUCUGCUCUGGGAAGGUUCAGUGCCUGGGGGUUAUGUGUAGUGGGGGCUUGGUGCCUAUGGAUUGUGUGUGGAAGUGAUUGAGGGAGUUAUUUUGUUUUCUUGUCGAAGAACUCCCCAGUGCUCGUGUGGUGGGUCACCUGCUGAAGCUAGGCUAACGCUAGCCCUACUUGUGAACAGAUGGAGACUAGUCAUCGCUGGGUUUUCUCAUUGUCUAAGUGCGCCAGCCCUGCCCCCACCGCCACCCCGCCCUUAUAAUCUCUUCAGUGAGGAAUAAACUCCUAAUCUGUCUAAGACUAAACCCCAACGGCCCUGGAAGCUCAACAUACAGAGCUCACUUUGUUUACAUGUUUGCUUUGUGUGAGUCAUAUCGGUUUCACACUCUGAGUGUCUGUCUUCACUGAGUGAAAGACCAGGGUGAGAACAAAAGCUUUACAGGUCUGCCCAGGUUGAGAAACCGGCAGUAUUUCCAGCAACAACAAAUGCAGGCCAAGCGAAAACGUAGAGGGAGGCAGGGGCCGUGCCGAGAGCUCUCCUGAGCUUUAUAAAAACUGAAUUAGCCUUCAAACCGCUGUCAGAAAUGUAGCUUUAAUGCGGGCAGACUCCCAUUACCGCCAAUGACUUAUCUGGCACACAGAGGUCACUAUCAGGGUAUGGGAUUGAAGCGAGCUGCAGGCUUUCAGGCCUAACCUCCUGAAAGCAACACUGUGUGGCCUUUUUACCACUGUUGUUUUUUACUCAUGCUGUGGUUACGUUCAUACACACAGCUCACACACUUCACAUAGACUAGGCUACAUUCACACACACACACAGAUAACACACUUCAACUCAAACCUGUGUUUUACCAUUUAUAUAUGUGAUUUCGGGGACUUCCCUCACCUGCUUAAAGCACUUAUGUGAUUUCGGGGACUACUUUCGAGUUGUGUUUAAUGGACAGUAUCAGAUUUUUAAUGUCUUGGCACAGACUAUGACUUCCCUUUACGAGGCUCCGGAGUUGAACCUCAGCAUCGCCUGCCAUUUGAAAUAACAUUUGCGUGCCUGAGCAAAUGACAUGGAAUUGGCAGAGGCUUCAUUUUGUCUUGCACCUUUCCCAAGCAAUGGAACCCCGGUUCAAGUUCAGUGAUAGGCCUAAUGGUUACCUUUCCAACAAUGUGCUGAUGUCAUGCUAACUCUUUGCAGAUGGGAUAAUUGCUUCCAAAGCUGUUCUGUCUGCCUACACGUAAACUCACGCAAGUUCAUCAUUGAUUGUUUGAACGGCUCGUCCCGUUGAACCGGUAUUGUCUCAUUUGUUAUGCCAGUAACUUCUCUUCUGUUGUCGUUUUUCUGCUCUGACAGUUCAAAUCUAUCGGAACGGUUGGAAAGCGUUGGACAGCUAUAGGCUUUUGAGUUAAUGGUACAUUGUCCCCUGUAGCUCAGUUGGUAGAGCAUGGCGCUUGCAACGCCAGGGUUGUGGGUUCGUUCCCACGGGGGGGGCAGUAUGAAAAAUGUAUGCACUCACUAACUGUAAGUCGCUCUGGUUAAGGGCGUCUGCUAAAUGCCUAAAAAUGUUUUUUUUUAAAUACUCCCUUUCUUGAAACCAAACAAAUAUUCUGCACUUGAGUUAAGCAACAUUAUCUGGAGUGUGCUGUGUAAACACAGUCAUUGUGACUGAUAUUUAUGAGAGAAGCUGCUAAGGCAAAAUGGUCGGCUGACUGAGUUCAGUUCAAUUAUGAAAGCCAAAGCCCCUGGGGGAAUGUCUCAAUGAAAUUGAGUGUAUGUGUGGUAGUGAUUCUUUGGAAGCUCAUCCUGUGAUACCAACUGCCCCCUAGUGGUCUAAGAAGCACAUGGCAGUCUCUCUCAGCAGCCAGGGCACACAGAUGAGUCGAGCCUCACUCCUCCACUUCCCCGCACUCUGCUAGUAUCAAAGCGUCUGUCAGCCGAUGCGCAAACCAUUCGAGAGACAAAUUGAAGGCGACAGACCUGGGCUUUGGCAACCAGGGAACUCUUUUAUAUGCCUCAGCUGUUUCCUUCCCCGACAUGAAAAUACAACCUUUUUUUUUUCUUCUGUGGAGCCUCUGCAGUCUGCAGGCAGCAAUGUCAUUUGGAGGACACCCCCCCCCCGUUGUUUUCCCUCCUCCUCCAUCCCUCGCUCAGCUGCAUACAAAUGGCCGUCUGUCAGUGUACUGUGCUGCACCUAGGCCCUGUAAUCAGGAACUGCUCUGUUCUAAUGGAGGCGGGAGGUGUGUGUGUGUGUGUGUGUGUGUGUGUGUGUGUGUGUGUGUGUGUGUGUGUGUGUGUGUGUGUGUGUGUGUGUGUGUGUGUGUGUGUGUGUGUGUGUGUGUGUGUGUGUGUGUGUGUGUGUGUGUGUGUGUGUGAGUGUGUGUGUGUGUGUGUGUGCACUUGCAACAGGGAAACCAGCGUGCUGAAUACUGAACAGUCGCACCUAUUCUAUUCAAUACUCUGACAUAGACCUGAAUGUUGCUUGGCGCCGUCUUUUCUCUUGAGGAAUUAAUAUGAAACCAAUGAGUAGUAUGACAGCUUUUUAGUACAGAGUGUUAUGUUUACUAGUAGUGAUGAGUGGGAAAAAUCGACAGUUACAUAUCGGGGAUAUGAUUUUUGACGAUAUAUCAAUUCGUAUCAUUUUGACAAUAUCGCAAUAUUAUUUUUGCGCUAGUUGGCUGUGCCUUAUCUUGACCUCAAUCUUCUUUUUAAAUACGGAACCAACAUGUUUUCAUCUCUGUUAUUUCCAUGACCGAUCAGAACCCGUUUUCUCACGUCUCUCUCUUGUCCCUCUGCAGCAGACAUAUGGUGACCAAUAUGUUUGGAACAUCGGAUCUCAACAAAAUCACAGUAUCGAAUCGCAAAACAUAUAGCAUCAUGAGAAUCGCAAUACAUAUCGAAUCAUGAGAAUCGCAAUACAUAUAGAAUCAUGAGAAUCGCAAUACAUAUAGAAUCAUGAGAAUCGCAAUACAUAUCAUAUCGGCACCUAAGUAUCGUGAUACUGUAUCGUGCGUGAUAUUGUAUCGUGAUACUGUAUCGUGAGGUUCCUAUUUACUGGCCUAUAUUGUCCAGGCUGACAAGUAUUUUUGAUGGAAAUUGUCAUGUUAUGCUAAUAAGCAGUGUGAUUAUGUGUAUUAUAUAUUAAUAUUAUAUAUUCGUUAUGUGUGUGUUCAAUCAAUCUAAUUUCUUUCAUAAAGCCAUUUUUACAUCAGCGGUUGUCACAGUGCUUUACAAAUACCCAGCCGAAAACCUCAGCGCAAGCAACGCCGAGGCAGGAAGCACAGUGGCUAGGACAAACUCCCUAGAAGGCAGAAUUGCAUGAUGGUGGGGUUUGCACCCUUGACCGAUGAAGGAAGACAUGAGAUGACAGUUCCUCUGUGAUCAUUCCUCCUUUCCCUCUCCUCCCAGGCAUGCUGGUAGUUAACGUGACCUGGAGAAACAAGACCUAUGUAGGCACCCUCCUGGACUGCACCAGGCACGACUGGGCUCCGCCAAGGUAAGCAUACAGUAACCCACUAAACACAAACGCACUGGAAACGCAUGCACGCACUCACACACACACUCACACACACGUUCAAACUGAACAUUGUCUGUCAGACACUUGAACUGACAGAUAUUGGUACUAAAGGCCUCUCGAGGGCAGAUUCCCCCCCAUAGCUUAUCCUUUGCUCGGAGCCAGCCAUUAUGAAUGAAAUAUCCUUUGGCAACGUCUCCAAAGCUUUUCCCUCGCUGACACAGGGCUUUUGAAAUGAUUUUUCUCUUCCUCCUCUGCCAUCUAUCCUGUCGAGGCACCACAGAGCUUUCAUAGACUUCUACUAAACACCUGAGUGCGGUCUGUCCAAAGCCUGCUGGGUCUUAGUGUCCUCAAUGAUGUUCGAAGGCUUGAAAGCUAGCUGUGGAACAGAAUCUGGUAGUGUUAUCAAUAGGUAGUAGGCUAUUUGAUUUAUUUUUCAUUGCUGUCAAUGGUGGGGGACGAGGAAGGUCUUAGUAUAUUUUAUUAUCAGUAGGUUGAGUGUGUAGUGGUGUUCCCACAGUGUUCUAUAGCAGCGGACAACCGGAAUCAUCAAACAUGGCCGCUGGCCAGUCCCAGGAUGGAGAAGGGGAGACCAUAUUGUACAUGGGGAAAUCAAGAUGAAACAUGUAUAGCCAUCAUCCAUUCACAUCAGAGCUACUUUGUAGAUUGUUUAAAUUCUAUUAAAGGUUUGCCACCUGUAGUACAAUGAAGCAUUUAUCAAAGGUCUAUAAGACUAUACGGCCCGAAAGAGUUGGUAGGUAAUUGCUUCACCGUGUGUUGGCAAGUAAGAUAAACAAUAGCUAUAGUGAUGUAAGUAAUCGUCCUGCAUCCCCAUAGCUUUGUGUGCAACACUGUAAUCUACAAUUUGUCAGUGGUCAUGUAGAACAACCCAGUCACUCAUGUUAUUAUCAAAGAUCUGCUGUCAUCUUUCCCGCCAUGCAACACAUCUUUUGAUAGAGCUCUGUGACUCGUCUCGCUCUCUCACUCUACUUCUCUUUCUGUACCUCGCUCUACGUCGCGGUCUACGUCUUUCUCUCUCUUUACUGCUCUCUACAUACCUCUCUCUCUCUACCCCUCUCUCUCUACCUCUAUCUCUCUACCUCUCUCUCUACCUCUAUCUCUCUACUUCUCUCUCACCCCUCUAUCUCUACCCCUCUCUCUCUACCUCUCUCUCUCUACCUCUAUCUCUCUACCUCUCUCUCUACUUCUCUCUACCUCUAUCUCUCUCUACCUCUCUCUCUACCUCUCUGCCUCUCUUUCUCUCUCUCUCCAUCUAUAUCUCUACCUCUCUCUCUCUACUUCUCUCUCUACUUCUAUCUCUGCCUCUCUCUCUACCUCUAUCUCUCUACCUCUAUCUCUCUACUUCUCUCUCUACCUCUCUCUCUACCUCUAUCUCUCUACCUCUCUCUCUGCCUCUCUCUCUACCUCUCUCACCCCUCUAUCGCUCUACCUCUACCUCUCUCUCUACCUCUCUCUCCCUCUAUCUCUCUACCUCUCUCUACCUCUCUCUCUCUACCGCUCUCUCUACCUCUAUCUCUACUUCUCUCUCUACCUCUAUCUCUCUACCUCUCUCUCUACCUCUCUCUCUACCUCUCUGCUCCUCUCUUCUCUGCCUCUCUCCUCUCUCUGCCUCUCUCUCUCUCUCCUCUCUACCUCUCUCUCUCUACCUCUCUACUCUAUCUCUACUCUCCUCCUCUAGUCUACCGCCGAGCUCGAUACAGCUCUCGACCUCUAUCUCUCGACAUCGCUGCGCUCUUCUCCCUACCUCUCUCUCGACUUCUCUCUCUGCCUCUCUCUCUCUCUCUCUCUCUCUCUCUCUCUCUACCUCUCUCUCUACCUCUAUCUCUCUACCUCUAUCUCUCUACCCCUCUCUACGCUAUCUCUUGAUUAUCUCUCCCUCAUCUCUAAUCUACUCUACCUCUAUCUCUCUACCCCUCUCUCUACCUCUCUCUCUAUCUCUACCUCUAUCUCUCUACCUCUAUCUCUCUACCUCUCUCUCUACCUCUCUCUCUACCUCUCUCUCUACCUCUAUCUCUAUCUCUCUCUCUCUACCGCUAUCUCUCUACCCCUUGUUGGCCGUUGUGUAAAGGUGGGAUGUUAUCUCCUCCUAUCUGAUCAGCCUAAUCCCGUCGAGCUCCGUGGCGCUUGGCGAUCUGUCAGAACACACUGGGCUGUCGAGAUUGAGGGAUAACGAGAGGAUCAGAAUCCGUCGCAGGUCCAGGUCCUCUCCCAGGGCCUGCUAGUAACAUCCCUCCUCGGAGCGGUGAUGAUUCAGAGACCGAGAAUUACAACAGGAUUGAGAGAGCUCCAUUGAGUGGUUCACCACCUUUAGUUAGUAUUGUUUUAAUAUCUAGCUUUUAUUGGCUGUUGGUGGGGAUUCAUGAGGGAAGUGAGUUCUCUGGUUGGAGGCUCUGUUAUUGUGGGGGGAUAAUGGCGGAUAGGUUUAAUUCUCUGGUUUUGGUUUUCCCCCAGGUUCUGUGAGUCCCCCUCCAGUGACUUGGAGAUGAAGAACGGCCGAGGCCGGGGCAAGAGGAUGAGGCCUAACGGAAACACACCCGUCAACGAGAACAGCAACUCGUCAGACAACAAGGGAAGCGGCACCAGCAAGACGCGCGGUGCCAACAGCAGCAGCAAGAGCCGGCGGGGCACGCCGCCCAACAGCAACACAGAGGACGUUAAGGCCAGCCCUUCGUCGGCUAACAAGCGCAAGAACAAGCCCGCCUCAGACAUGGAGCCCAACUCCAGCUCGGAGGACACCAAGGGCAGCAAGCGCAUGCGCACCAACUCCAACAGCGGCCCUGGAGGACUGCCCCAGACGCCUCACGCCGUCCUCCCCGGCAAACCCGGCAUCAAGGCGGAGCCGCUGCCCCCGCAGCAGCUCGACCGCAACUGCCCUUCGCCGGUGCUCAUUGACUGCCCGCACCCCAACUGCAACAAGAAGUACAAGCACAUGAAUGGCCUCAAGUACCACCAGGCCCGCGCCCACAAUGACGAUGACAUCAAGCUGGACAUGGACGGGGACAGUGAGUACGGGGAGGACUCUACGCUCCACCCCGAUCCGAGCAGCUUCAAUGGGGCUUCCAUCUCUCAAAAGGGCUGCUUGUCACCGGCCCGCUCAAUCACGCCCAAGGGUAGGGGCUUUGAGGCCCAGACUCCGUCACCCUCCUCGGGGAAGUUUGUCUCCAAGCAGAGUAAAAAGAAGCCGUGCGAGGCCGACCCAGAGGCGGGGGGCAUGCCCGUGGACGGCUGUGAGGACGGGCCCUGCCUAACGGACGAGGCCAGCAAUGACGGCCUGGACUACAAGAAGGACAAGGCCAAGAAGACGGGCGGACAAGCUGGCUCCAAGGCGGACAAGCUGGCCCAGAAGGGUGUGAAGUCAACACGGCCCAACGCCCCGACCAUACCACCUCAGCAGCUCUACUCCCUACAGACGGCAGGCAGCUUCCCUGCAGCCAGCCCUGGCUCCACCCCUGCCGUGGGCUCAGCAGUUCAGUCUGUCCCCAAGAGCCCCCAGCUAAAAGCCAUCCAGCCCAAGCCCUCUGCCCUGGGAGACCCCUCGCCUGUGAACCCAGCGCUGAGCGGCUCCAAGGACAAGAAGAAGAAAAAGGAAAAGAAGAAGAAGGAGGAUGUGGGAAAGGAGGGAGACAGCCCCAAAGGGAGAGGAGGAAAGCCCGAGGAAGGUAAGAGCCCGUACUCUGAAUCUUCGGACCCGGGGAGCAAAGGCGACGGGCUGCUGAACGGCUCGUCAGACCCCCACCAGAGCAGGCUGGCCAGCAUCAAGGCCGAGGCGGACAAGAUCUACAGCUUCACCGACAACGCUCCCAGUCCCUCCAUCGGCGUGGCCAGCAGGAUAGAGGCCGGAGGCAUGGCCCAGCCCCUCACCCCGCUCCAUGUGGUCACACAGAACGGAGCCGACAACUCCUCGGUGAAGACCAACAGCCCAGCCUACUCAGACAUCUCGGACGCGGGCGAGGACGGCGAGGGCCGGGUGGAGGGCGUCAAGGGAGUCAAGUCCGAGGAGCAGGCCACCCGAGAGGGGGCCAAGAAGGCCCUGUUCCCCACCCAAACGGCCAGCAAGGAGUCUCCCUACUACCCCGGCUACGAGACUUACUACUCCCCGAACUAUGCCAACCCUAACCCUAGCCCGGGGGUGUCGGCCACGGGGGUCGCGCAACAGGAGGGGGCCCAGGUCAAGGUGAAAAAAGAGGAGCAGGAGGGGCCGGGCGAGGAGGACCGCAAGGUCAAGCAGGAGCAGCAGGAGGAACGUAAGCCCGAGAUAGGUGCCUCUGGGCCGGGACAACAGCAGCAGCAACAGGCCUCGGUCAUCCAGCAGCGCUCCAACAUGUACAUGCAGCCUCUCUACUACAACCAGUACGCCUACGUUCCCCAGUACGCCUACCACCCGGACCAGGCCUACCACAACCACCUGAUGAACACCAACCCGGCCUACCGGCAGCAGUAUGACGAGCGGCAGAGGCAGGCGGCAGCCGAGCAGCACCGCGCCGCAGAGAAGAAAUCAGACGCUGCUGGAAAAGAGCGAGAGGGCUCCUCGGGGAAGGAGCGGGGUGAGGAAUGGAAGCAGAAGGCUUUGGUUCCCCCCACCCUCUCCAAGGCUCCCAGUCUCACAGACCUGGGCAAAGGCGGGCUGCCCCAGGGCAAGCCGCCCAAAGAGCCCUCGUCCUCCUUGGAGCAGGCCAAGUCAUCAGUCAUCAUGCCCAAGGGGGAGGACGCCAAGGUGCCGGCCCAGCAGGCUGAGGGGAUGAAGAUGAAGCUGAGUGAAGGAGGACACCACGGGAAGGGGGAGGAGCCCAAGGCGGGCAUGGAGUCGGGCAGGCCGUCUGCCAUGGAGCAGGCCAUGUGGUACAGACAGGUAACCUGACACGGUUGAGUUUGAAUCUGCUGAUUGUGAUUGGAUGAUAGAAAAAUGUAUGUAGCAAGACACCAAAAUGAUCAGGAUCAAACUGAGUAGAAGUGCAUGCUGGUUUGUGUAUUUUGGGAAAUGUUUAAGUGAAGGUACAUUUUUGUAGGACAAAACUGAUGAGAUGUUGUCUGUAAUGAGAUGUUUUGUGUUGUUUUCAGGAGCCAGACUCACGGCUGUGGCCUUACCUAUACCCCAGCAAAUACCCCGAGGCCCACAAACAACAGGAGGAGGAGCAGCGCAACAGGGAAAGAGACAGAGACCGAGGAGAGAGGGACCGAGACAACAGAGACAGGGAACGGGAACGAGACCGAGACAGAGACCGAAAGUGCAGGGACGAGAGGGCUCGGCCCAAAGAUGCCACCCCCAAGGAGGAGUGUAAAGAGGGGUCUGAGCCCCGGUUGUCUUCGGCCUCGGAGGAACACCGGGGGGUGGGAAAGGACCCGAGGGCCACCGCUGGCCACAUGCAGUUCUCCUCUCCCCUGGCCCAGCACCAGGGUUACAUGCCCUACAUGCACGGAGCCUACGCUUACGGCCAGGGCUACGACCCCAGCCACCCGGGCUACCGCGGGAUGCCCUCAGUCAUGAUGCAGAACUACCCUGGUAAGAGUUAAUGCCACUGCUUACAGUAUACAUUGCAUUCAGAAAGUAUUCAGACCCCUUCCCUUUUUCCACAUUUUGUUACGUUACAGACUUAUUCUAAAAUGGAUUAAAUGGCUUUUUUCCCUCAUCAAUCUCCACACAAUACCCCUUAAUGACAAAGCGAAAACAGCUUUUUAGAAAUUUUUGCAAAUGUAUUCAAAAUAUUUCCGAAUGCACUGUACAUACAGCUCUGCCAUUGGAUUGUUUAAAUCUGUAUUAUGAUGAUGUACAAAAUUGGCUUAUAUAAAAUAAGACUGAGUGAACCCUGAUAUGCAUUCAUUUUCAGGUUUCUUUGAUGGUAAAUGGGAACACUUAAUCGACUCGCGUGUCAUGGUGUUUAACCUCCUCUGUCACCCCCCAGGCUCCUACUACUCCUUCUCCCCCUACGGCAGUAAGAUGGGGCCGGGCGAGGAGGGCGGCGAGAAGGCCUCGCGGGCCAGUCCCACGGUCAGUGGCAAGUCGUCCUCCGAGGCCAAGGCAUUGGACAUCCUUCACCAGCACGCCAGCCAGUACAAGAGCAAGUCGCCCACGGUCGGCGACAAGACCUCCUCGCGCGAACGGGAACGGGAGCGCGCUGUGGCCGAGCGCGAACGAGACAUGGACCGGCCGCGCUCCUCGCCCUCGCAGCGCAUCAUGCCUUCCCAUCACCACCUGGGCUACCCGCUGCUCUCGGGGCAGUACGACCUGUCCUACGCCACAGGUAAGUGAUGGAUGGACGCCCACAAACAAGCUCAAGCACAAGGACACAUCUCAGCCUUCAGCGUUGGCUAGCUCCUCAAAUAGAACGCUGUUCAAUGGUAGUCACCUAACUGUAAAAUGAUAUAAUUUUGUGAGGCCCUUUUCUCCUACCUAAGGUAUUAUGGAAAAUAAAACAAUAAUAAAAUAUCAUCCAUAACUUGGUGUAAGUGUAUUGACUAAAUCUGAAGUUAUUAUUAGUAUAUGGAGGCGUAUCUAACGAGUGGCUCUUCCUUCACAGGUCUCUCCUCAUCAGCCAUAGUUGCCAGUCAGCAAGCCUCCGCCCCCUCCAUGUACCCCCCUGCACGAAGAUGAGGAUGGUGAGGAUCCCGCUUACACAGACACACACACACACACACCACACACACCACAAAACACACACACACACCACACACACCACAAAACACACACACACAACACACCACCCACACACCACACACACACACCACAAAACACACACACACCAAACACACCACAAAACACACACACAACACACCACACACACACACACCACACACACACCACAAAACACACACACACACACACACACACACACCACACACACACACACACACCACAAAACACACACCACAAAACACACACCACAAAACACACACACACAACACACACACACAUUUCUUCCUGAUGUUUAAACAUGGUCUUUGAUCCAGAAGGGGUGUGUUAUGAUGAGCCUCUGUUGGCCUACUUGACCAAAAGUAUGUGGACACCUGCUCGUCGAACAUCUCAUUCCAAAAUCAUGGGCAUUAAUAUGGAGUUGGUCCCCCCUUUGCUGCUAUAACAGCCUCCACUCUUCUGGGAAGGAUUUCCAGCAACAAGAUCAUUCGUGAUGUUGGGCGAUUAGGCCUGGCUCGCAUUCGCCGUUCCAUUUCAUCCCGAAGGUGUUCGAUGGGGUUGAGGUCAGGGCUCUAUGCAGGCCAGUCAAGUUCUUCCACACCGAUCUCGACAAACCAUUUCUGUAUGGACCUCGCUUUGUGCACGGGGGCAUUGUCAUGCUAAAACAGGAAAGGGACUUCCCCAAACCGUUGCCACAAAGUUGGAUGCACAGAAUUGUCUAGAAUGUCAUUGUAUGCUGUAGCGUUAAGAUUUCCCUUAAAUCGGACCUAACCCCAACCAUGAAAAACAGCCCCAGACCAUUAUUCCUCCUCCACCAAACUUUACAGUUGGCACUAUGCAUUCAGGCAGGUAGCGUUCUCCUGGCAUCCGCCAAACCCAGAUUAGUGAUUCAUCACUCCAGAGAACGCAUUUCCACUGCUCCAGAGUCCAAUGGCGGCGAGCUUUACACCACUCUAGCCAACGCUUGGCGCUGCGCAUGGUGAUCUUAGGCUUGUGUGAGGCUGCUCGGCCAUGGAAACCACAGGAGGUUGGUGGCACCUAAAUUGGGGAGAACGGGCUCGUGGUAAUGGCUGGAGCGGAAUAAAUGGAAUGGUGUCAAAUACAUCAAACACAUGGUUUCAAUUUACUCUGUUCCGACCAUUAUUAUGAGCUGUCCUCCCCUCAGCAGCCUCCUGUGAUGGAAACUCCUUUCAUGAAGCUCCCGACUAACAGUUAUUGUGCUGACGUUGCUUCCAGAGGCAGUUUGGAACUCGGUAGUGAGUGUUGCAACCGAGGACAGAAUAUUUUUACGCUCUUCAGCACUUGGUGGUCCCGUUCUGUGAACUGUGACGUUUCCAGUUCAUAAUAACAGCACUUACAGUUGACGGGGCAGCUCUAGCAGGGCCAAAAUUUGACAAACUGACUUGUUGGAAAGGUGGCAUCCUAUGACGGUGCCACGUUGAAAGUCACUGAUCUCUUCAGUAUGGGCCAUUCUACUGUCAAUGUCUGUCUAUGGAGAUUGCAUGGUGGUGUGCUCGAUUUUAUACACCUGUCAGCGACGGAUGUGGCUGAAAUAGCCGAUUCCACUCAUUUGAAGGGGUAUGUGUCCACAUACUAUGUGUCCACAUACUUUUGGCCGUGUAGUGUAUCUCUAUUUUUUUUACUGUACUGAGUUCCUUAGUCCAAAAAUAAACACUUCUGUCUGACUAGAGGGAUUUCUGGUUGUUUGAUGACAAGAAUACACUGCAGUCUAUGAUGUCCUCUGCUGGACAAAAUAUGAACAAACAUCAACUAAAUUUCAUUGAACGCAUCAGUGUAUACAGUAUGCGCGAUUCUCUGUAGGGCCUAACUACAAUAUAGGUUUGAUUAAGCAAUGUUAAUUACAGACCAAUCAUCUUGUUGAAUGUGGAUGUUAAAUUCUUACCAUUGCUGUCGUAUAACUCUCCCUCUCUUUUUCCCCCCGUAGGGAGACCUGAUUGGCUGACCUCGACCUUGCCUGGAGCCAUGUGACUGGAUCACAUGAAGAAGCCUGCUGCAGAGCUCAUUUUGAGACAUCAGUUCAAUGGUGUUUGUUGUAUUUUUUUAGUUGUUUCUGCCUGGUUGUUCCGGCUGCUCUGUUUCCUCCUCCCUCCGCUAGUGUGAUGGCCACCCCACGGCAAGGCUUCCCGUGGCUGGGUUGAGGGCUCGCCGAGCCCCCUCCUCUGGCCGGCCAGCCAGUCACUCCUUUGCACCAUUCACGUGAUGGACUAAAAGGUCUGAGGAACGGCCUGACGAGGCUGACACGUUCUUAUGGGGUGAGGCCUUAUCACACGGACGGCCAUUUUGGAACUGGAGAGUGCAUAGGGGAGAGGGGGUCGAUCAGAAACAUACUGGAUUAAGUUUGAAAUCACUACAUGGAGUUAUGGACUCAUUGGAUUGUUGGCUGACCCUGGGCUGACCCUGGGCUGACCCUGGGCUGACCCUGGGCUGACCCUGGGCUGACCCUGGGCUGACCCUGGGCUGACCCUGUGCUGACCCUGGGCCUUAGCGUAGUAGGGUUUUAGCUUGACUUGUGGGUUGUUUCAUCCAUCCACCAAACUACCCACUGACCCGUAGGACAUUUUGAGACAUUAAUUGCAGUGGGGGGUGUCGUUGUUUGGGCCAGAGGGGUGACCGAAAGGGGAGAAACUGGUCUCUCCACCACUCUGGGCUUUCUAUGCAAGCCUCUUCUCCUCAUACUGACAGAGACAGCCCUCCUCUCCAUCUGUUCAGUUUCAGGGGGAGGAACAUUCAAGUUCGCGCUCUGUUGAAUCUGUAUUAGUUUGUGUGAAAAGUUGUCAUCCGCCUACUUGAGUUAAUUCAGAGAGUAAAACAAUGUUGUUGUUUUUUUGUACUAGGCUUUUUAUUUUUGUGCGUGGUUCGUUCUACAGCAUUAGUCUCCACACUAUUCAUGUUUUUUCAUUAUUUUAGCUGUUUAUUUUUGUUCUUUUUUCCUUCAUGUCUUGUUGGCUUGACGACCAUGUUUCCAUCUCACUCUGACCCAGUGGUAAAACAAACUCCUUCGGCUGUUUACGUCUGUGUCAAACGCUACUGACCUCUCUGUGGCGGCAGCGACCGCUGUCUCCCGGUUUCCUUUCCGAAAGGGUCAAAGGGUCAUCCAGUUUACAGCUCCAAUACAUCCGCUACAGCGCUCAGCUGCUCAGCGACAGCCUUGAGGGAGGGGACAUAUCUAUGCCUGGA